UUUAAGGCACGAGGUAGUGGAAGAUGAGUUGUUUUUCAUGCUGUAAUCCGGAUGAAAAUGGGCAGUCGUUGAAGAAAUGCAAUAAGGAAUUUAAAGACGGAGGUACAUUAGCCUCAUUCGUCAAAAAAAUAUCUUUUAAGUCUGAAAGCACCAGGCUGAAGAUAGCUGAAGAGAUACUGAAAGUUGGAAAUGGGAAGAUUGCUGCUCAAACCUUCACAUUCCGUGAGUUAUCAGCUGUAACUAAAAAUUUCAAAUCUGAAUGUCAGCUUGGAGAAGGCGGCUUUGGGAGAGUGUACAAGGGACACAUCGAGAGCACAAACCAAGUUGUGGCUGUUAAGCAACUUGACCGGAAUGGAUUGCAAGGAACCAGAGAGUUCCUUGUGGAAGUUUUGAUGCUGAGUCUUCUUCACCACCCAAACCUUGUGAACCUGAUUGGUUACUGUGCAGAAGGCGAUCAAAGGAUUUUAGUAUAUGAAUACAUGGCACUUGGGUCUUUAGAAGAUCACCUUCUCGAUUUGCCUCCAAAUAAGAAGCCUUUGGAUUGGACUACUAGGAUGAAAAUUGCUGAAGGUGCAGCCAAAGGUCUUGAAUACUUGCAUGAAACGGCCAACCCCCCAGUGAUUUAUCGUGAUUUUAAAGCAUCUAACAUACUAUUGGAUGAGGAUUUCAACCCAAAACUCUCUGAUUUUGGUCUUGCCAAGCUGGGUCCAACUGGUGAUAAAAGCCAUGUGUCUACAAGAGUGAUGGGGACCUAUGGCUAUUGUGCACCUGAGUAUGCAAUGACAGGUCAAUUGACAACAAAGUCCGAUGUGUACAGUUUUGGAGUCGUGUUUCUGGAGAUAAUCACAGGAAGGAGAGUUGUUGACAAUACAAGACCUACAUGCGAACAGAAUCUUGUUACUUGGGCACAACCACUGUUUAGGGAUAGGAGAAAAUUUACAUUAAUGGCGGACCCACUGCUUGAAGGAAACUACCCUAUAAAGGCUCUAUACCAAGCUCUUGCGGUUGCAGCCAUGUGUCUCCAAGAGGAAGCUAGCACCCGGCCUUUGAUCAGUGAUGUCGUAACUGCUCUUGAGUAUCUAGCUGUACCAAAUAAUGAAGAUGAAAACGCUAAAGAUACACCGGACUCGUCUCCUAUUGAUAGAGAUGGUGUUUCAGAUGCUAGAACACAAAGUGAUUUGGAUAGAGGAGAAGGAAGUGUUAGUGGAACUGAUGGAGUGUAGCUUUGUUGCAGAAUAAUGAAGGAAAUUGCAGUUAAGCAGCAGCAUAAAUCAAAAGACAUAUACCUUUGGAGAGGAUGGUGCUCCCUGUCUACACCUCAUUCCAUAUGUGAGAUAUGAUCAUAGUGAAGAUACAUGGUUUUGCAGCUCAAAUUUAGAAAACUAACAGAUUAAAUAGUUGAUGCAAGUAUGGCUAUGUGUAUUUUAAUAUGGUGACUGUUGGUUUAUGAGCUGCUGAAUUAUAUAGUGUACCCAAUUUCUUAA